AUGUUAAUUGAUGAAGAGCUCAUUAAUAAAUAUCAAGAAUAUAGUUUUCAAAGAACAAUCGAAGUCAAUCCAGAUUUAUUUAGUUUUUGCCCAACUGCCGAUUGUGGAUACAUAUUUUUUUGGGAAAAAGGAGACAAUCCAGACUUUUUAUGCCCCAAAUGUGAUAAUAGAUACUGCUUCAAAUGUAGAGUCGAUUACCAUUCCUCGCUAUCCUGUGAACAAUACCAAAAAUGGGCAAAGGAAAAUGGCAAAGGUGAUCAACUAUUUGAAAAAUUGGUUGAAAAACAAAACUAUAAAAAAUGCCCCAAAUGUCAACGUUGGGUGGAGAAAGCGUCAGGGUAUGAAAUUAAUUACAAAUAA